AUGCGUUUUUUAUUUGGGUCAAUGCUUGCUUCUUUGGCUUUUAUCUUUCUACCAAACAAUCUACCAGUGAUUAUUUUAAUUCUGCACUGCUAUUCAUCUUCUUCUUCACUUAGUGUUGUAGAAGCAAUUAGAUGUUAUUCCUGCGCAAAUGAUUUUAUUGUUUGGCAUUGGAGACAUUUUUUCUUGAAGCGUAAUUAUGCAAUCACAACCAGUGAUCAGAACUGCGCAAAAGUCGAUUACUUACCUGAAACUGCACAGUUUUGUCCGUCAACUUGUUUUAUUAUGUAUUUAAACGGUACCAAUCGACAAAAUGGAGUGAUUAGUGUGCUUGGACUAGUACGAGGCUGUUCCUCACAAUUUUUAACUAAUGACCAGCAUGCACAACUUGGUCUUGGCCCGCAUUCUCGAGUUUCCCAAAUUGGCCAUCAUUUAUCAUCUGAAUUCGAUAUGGCAAAUUCAUAUUUAAAAUCUCCGUCAAAACGACGUCAACACUUAUUUGGCGCAUACUUUUCUUCAUCCGAUACAUCAAAUCGAGUAACAGUAAAUUACUGUCUGAUCAACUAUUUAUUUUUAUUAUUUCAUGCUGUAAAGUUUUUACUGUAA